AGACUUGAGAAUCAUCAAAAUGGGGAACUACGUUUCUUGCACUUUAUCAACUCCAUUAGGCAACUCAUCAAUAAAAGUGAUCCUCCCCGGUGGUGAAAUCAGGCAAUUCAAUGCACACAUCAAAGCCGCUGAGCUUAUGCUUGAAACACCCAACUUCUUCCUUGUCAACUCUCAAUCUCUGAAACUCCGCCGUAGGUUUUCCCCUCUCAAUGCAGAUGAAGACUUGGAGUGUGGCAACGCUUACGCCAUGUUCCCAACGAACAGAUUGAACUCUAUGGUCACGCCUGGUGACUUGGGAGCUUUGUUUCUUGCUGCGAAAAAGAAUUUUGCUGGAAAGGUAAGGAUCUUGCCUGAAGCUGCUGAAGAUGAUCAUUUGCAAAAUGAGGUGAAAAUGUCAAAGCCGAAGCUUAACUUGGAUGAUAUUGAAGAGUUUUCCACUCCAGAGUUCAGGCAUAGAUUAUCAAUGUCAAGAUCUAAGAAACCAUUGCUUGAAACCAUAGCUGAAGAGCCUUUUUGUUGCAGAUAAUGUGCUUCCUAAUUAACAGCAAAACUAUCAGAGAAACUAUAAAUUUUGGU